CACUCACAGGUUACAUCAGUAGCUGCUGUUUAUCUUCCUUAUUUAGCCCUGCCCUGAGGUUUAAACACUGAAAAUCUGCAAGACAGGCUGGCCAGAAUUCAGAGGAGCUCAUCCAGCUGAACAGAACACUGCAGAACUGCUGCCUGAUCCACAACCAUCAUGAGUGCAAAUGCUGAUGAGCUCAAAGCUAAACUUGGACAGUUGAGAUGUCACUUUACAUGGGAAUUGCUAAUUGUUGACAAUGAAAUGCCUGACUUAGAAAACAGGGUUUUGGAUGAGAUUGACUUCUUGGACAUCAAACACAAUGUGGGAAUACACAACCAACUGGCCUAUGUGAAACACCUGAAAGGCCAGAAUCAGGAAGCCCUGGCAAGCCUGAAGGAAGCUGAAGACUUAAUCCAGCAAGAACAUGCCAACCAAUCAGAUGUGAGAAGUCUGGUUACCUGGGGCAACUAUGCCUGGCUUUAUUACCACAUGGGCAGACUGGCAGAAGCCCAGACUUACCUAGACAAGGUGGAGAACACUUGCAAGAAGUUUGCAAAUCACUCCUGCUAUGGAAUAGAAUGUCCUCAGAUGGACUGUGAGGAAGGAUGGGCCUUGCUGAAAUGUGGAGGAAGGAAUUACGAACGGGCCAAGGCCUGCUUUGAAAAGGCUCUGGAGGCAGACCCAGAAAACCCUGAAUUCAGUGCUGGGUAUGCAAUCACCACCUAUCGCCUGGACGGCUUUAACAAAACCACCCAGGUUGAUGAGGCAUUUUGUCUGCCGGCCCUAAAACAGGCCAUCAGGCUAAAUCCAGAAGAUGUGUAUAUUAAAGCUCUCCUUGCCCUGAAGCUUCAGGAUAUAGGAAAAGAAGCUGAAGGAGAAAAGUACAUGGAAGAAGCACUGACCAACAUGUCCUCGCAGACCUAUGUCUUUCGAUAUGCAGCCAAGUUUUACCGAAGAAAAGGCUCUCUGGAGAAAGCUCUUCAACUCUUAAAAAUGGCUUUGAAGGCAACACCCUCCUCUGCCUUCCUGCAUCACCAGAUAGGGCUUUGCUACAGGGCACAAGUGAUCCAAAUAAAGAAAGCUACAAAGUGGCAGCCUAGAGGACAGGAUAGAGCAAAUAUCAACAGAUUGGUAAAAUUAGCCAUAUCUCAUUUUGAAUUUGCCCUGGAACAAAAGCCCACGUUUGUGGCUGUUUAUAUACACCUGGCAGGUAUGUACAAAGAAGCAGGCGACCACAGAAAAGCUGAAGAUAUUUAUCAAAAACUGUUUUGCAUGAAAUCACUUGAAAACAGACAUCUGCAAGAGUUACAUUUCCAGUAUGGCCAAUUCCAGGAAUUUCACAUGAAAUCUGAAGUUGAUGCAAUUAGCCAUUAUUUAAAAGCAGUAAAAAUAGAAGAGAAAUCAUAUACAAGGGAUAAAAGUAUCAGUUCUUUGGAGAAAUUGGCUUUAAGGAAACUUCGGAGAAAUGCAUUAGACACAGAAAGCUUGAGCAUCCUUGGGUUCAUCUACAGAUUGAAAGGAGAAAUGGAUAAAUCCCUGGAGUAUAUUGAGCAGGCUCUGAAGCUGGAGGCUGACUGAGAACUCUGUGGGACAUGAUCCCUUGGCACUGAAAUACGGACCACAUUUGCAUUUCAUUUGGUUUUAGGUUAACAUGUUAAUACGAAUCAUUUUUUAUGCUUGUUGCUUUCAGAAACAUGUAAUUCACUGUAGUGAUGUAAUUUUUGAACAAUUACUCAAACCUAAUAAAAUACUAGUAAAAUAGCUGUAAUCAGAAAAUAAUUAAAUAGAAUAUAUACAUCUCUAAGUGUGUGAAAGAGAAAGGGACCAUUUCUCUGUGAGUGUUAUAGUAGGAAAAAAACAGUAUGUUGAGUAGAUUUAUAGCAAAUAGAACACUGGACUCACAUAAAAUACAAUGUUUAAUUCACUUAUUUUUGUCAACAAAUCGUCUGCAGUGCUAGAUACCAAAAAUGAUAUGGUGAUGUAUGCAGUGAAAAAAAUCUUUUUUUUCUACUCAUCUUAGGUUCCCUGACUGAGGCCUCAUAAAUCAGGGACCCUUAGUUCCAAUGCAGUCCAGCUCUGACUGACACAGGACAGAUCAGCAAGAGAAAAACAGAAGUUCAUUAACCCACAUAUCACACAUUCACACAGGAGUACCCAGUGAUAAGUAACUCAAGGAGGUGGACCUUGGGUUUAUACAACAUCCUAACAAAUGAACAAUACAUUUUUAGAGUAGUGACAAGGCAAAGGAGUUUCUAGGGUAGCAAAUUGUAG